AAUUUCAAUAAGUAUCACUAUUUCGUUUUCGUAUGACGCAUUUGUCAUCUUAUGAAUUGUGUGUUUGCAAAUUACCGUACCAGUUAACCCGAAACCUUUCUUGAACAACUUGACUGGGAAGCCUGUGAUAGUGAAACUCAAGUGGGGAAUGGAGUACAAAGGUUUUCUUGUCUCUGUUGACUCCUACAUGAACUUGCAGUUAGCGAACUCUGAAGAAUACAUCGACGGCCAGUUCACUGGAAAUCUUGGAGAGAUUUUGAUCAGAUGUAAUAAUGUUCUGCAUUUACGUGGUGCGCGUGAGGAUGAAGAAAUAGACGAGGCAGAUCGUGACUAACACCCUUGCCCUUUAUUUUUGUAUGGAGAUUAUAUGCAGAUGUUAUAAUUCAAAAUGACAAUUAAGAAAUCGUAACUUUUGACCAUUCUAGACACACCUAAAGUAUGAGAAUGAAUAGCCUUUUCUUUAGUAAAAAAAGAGGUACAUUCUACUUGUGUUCUUCUUUAACUGUCAUGAGAACAAGACUUUUUGUAUGACCAGUUUGACUGAUUAUCAACAAAACUAAUCUAUCUUGACAUA